GGCCCUGGCCCACGACGGCGGCGGGAGAUGCAUCACUGUAAGCGAUACCGCUCCCCUGAGCCAGACCCAUACCUGAGCUACGGAUGGAAGAGGAGGAGGCCUUACAGCCGGGAGCAUGAAGGGAGACUGCAUUAUCUGUCCCGGAGGGAGCCUCCACCUCGCAGGUCUCGAUCCAGAAGCAAUGACCGCCUACCCUACCAGAGAAGAUACCGGGAGCGCCGAGACAGCGAUGUGUACAGGUGUGAAGAACGGAGCCCAUCCUUUGGAGAGGAUUGCUAUGGAUCAUUGCGUUCACACCACCGUCGGCGGUCACGGGAAAGGGAGCCAUAUCGGACACGCAAGCACGCCCACCACUGCCACAAACGCCGCACCAGGUCUUGUAGCAGCGCCUCUUCGAGAAGCCAACAGAGCAGUAAGCGCAGCAGCCGGAGUGUGGAAGAUGACAAGGAGGGCCACCUGGUGUGCCGGAUCGGCGAUUGGCUCCAAGAGCGAUAUGAGAUCGUGGGAAACCUGGGCGAAGGCAACUUUAGCAAGGUGGUGGAGUGCUUGGACCAUGCCAGAGGGAAAUCUCAGGUUGCCCUAAAGAUCAUCCGCAACGUAGACAAGUACCGUGAAGCUGCCCAUCUAGAAAUCAACGUUCUUAAAAAGAUCAAGGAGAAGGACAAAGAGAACAAGUUCCUGUGCGUCUUGAUGUCUGAUUGGUUCAACUUCCACGGCCACAUGUGUAUCGCCUUUGAGCUCCUGGGAAAGAAUACCUUUGAGUUCCUGAAGGAGAAUAACUUCCAGCCUUAUCCCCGGCCACAUGUCCAGCACAUGGCCUACCAGCUCUGCCAUGCUCUUAGAUUCCUACAUGAAAACCAACUGACCCACACAGACUUGAAGCCAGAGAACAUCCUAUUUGUGAAUUCAGAGUUUGAAACUCUCUACAAUGAACAUAAGAGCUGUGAAGAGAAGUCGGUGAAGAACACCAGCAUCCGAGUGGCUGAUUUCGGCAGUGCAACUUUUGAUCAUGAGCAUCACACAACUAUUGUGGCCACUCGUCACUAUCGCCCACCAGAGGUGAUCCUUGAGCUGGGUUGGGCACAGCCCUGUGAUGUCUGGAGCAUUGGCUGCAUUCUCUUUGAAUACUACCGGGGCUUCACACUCUUCCAGACCCAUGAAAACUGGGAGCACCUGGUGAUGAUGGAGAAGAUCCUAGGUCCUAUCCCUUCGCACAUGAUCCACCGCACCAGGAAACAAAAGUAUUUCUACAAAGGUGGCCUGGUCUGGGAUGACAACAGCUCUGAUGGCAGAUACGUGAAGGAGAACUGCAAACCUCUGAAGAGUUACAUGCUCCAAGACUCCCUGGAGCACGUGCAGCUGUUUGACCUGAUGAGGAAGAUGUUAGAGUUUGACCCUGCCCAGCGCAUCACACUGGCGGAGGCCCUGCUGCACCCCUUCUUUGCUGGCCUGACCCCCGAGGAGCGGUCCUUCCACAACAGCCGUAACCCCAGCAGAUGA